CUUGUGAUUUAAAUUCAUGCUAUAAAAAGGAAAUAGUGGUAUUAUCUGAUGUUUUUUCCUCUUUGCUUUUCUUUGUAGAUAAGAUGCUCCCAAGUCCCUUGCAGCUCUCUUCAGAAGAAAAAUCACUAGUGCUCUGCUCUUGCCGUAAUACCAAACCUUUUUGACUCAUGCUUUGGUGCUGCAACACUGGAAGAAUUGCACACAAUUUCCAGGAAUAUCUUUUUUUCAUUUGAGUGAUUCUUUGUGGAUGAAAAAAGAUUUGAGUCUUAAUAAUUACCUUGUUUUAAAGCUAUUUUCUUUAUAGUCUGAACUGCUUAAUAAAUUGGGCCACUUACCAAUGAGCCACACAGCCAGUUCUUGUCAGGAACUGGUUGAAAACUGUGCUGUGCAUGUAGCAGGAAUGGCACAAGAAGAUAGCCGUCGUGGUCAAGUGCCAUCUUCCUUUUAUCAUGGUGCCAACCAAGAACUUGACCUGUCCACCAAAGUGUACAAAAGGGAGUCAGGAAGUCCUUAUUCUGUGUUAGUGGACACGAAGAUGAGCAAGCCACAUCUCCAUGAAACAGAAGAACAGCCGUAUUUCAGGGAGACAAGAGCAGUGUCUGACGUGCAUGCUGUUAAGGAAGACCGGGAGAAUUCUGAUGACACAGAAGAGGAAGAGGAAGAAGUCUCUUACAAAAGGGAGCAGAUCAUAGUGGAGGUAAACCUUAAUAAUCAAACCUUAAAUGUGUCUAAAGGGGAAAAGGGUGUCUCUUCUCAGUCCAAAGAGACUCCUGUUCUUAAGACAAGCAGUGAGGAGGAAGAGGAAGAGAGUGAGGAAGAGGCCACAGAUGACAGCAAUGACUAUGGAGAGAAUGAAAAGCAGAAGAAAAAGGAGAAGAUAGUAGAGAAAGUCAGCGUUACACAAAGGAGAACCAGGAGAGCUGCCUCUGUUGCCGCAGCUACCACUUCCCCUACUCCCAGAACUACAAGAGGUCGUAGGAAGAGUGUAGAGCCACCUAAGCGUAAGAAGCGGGCCACAAAGGAGCCCAAAGCACCAGUCCAGAAAGCUAAGUGUGAAGAGAAAGAGACUCUGACCUGUGAGAAGUGCCCCAGGGUAUUUAACACUCGCUGGUACCUGGAGAAGCACAUGAACGUUACUCACAGGCGCAUGCAGAUUUGUGAUAAAUGUGGCAAGAAGUUUGUCCUGGAAAGUGAGCUGUCCCUUCACCAGCAAACAGACUGUGAAAAAAACAUUCAGGUAGGUUUCAUCACCGAGAGGGCAAACUUUUCAUUUGAGCUUUUUGGUGGAUUUGUUUUGACACUAAGUACAUUCUAUGUUGCAGCACACACAAAAGACAUGCCAUUUACAUGUGAAACCUGUGGAAAAUCAUUCAAACGCAGUAUGUCACUCAAGGUGCACUCCUUGCAGCAUUCUGGAGAGAAGCCCUUCAGAUGCGAGAACUGUGACGAAAGGUUUCAGUACAAGUACCAGCUACGCUCCCACAUGAGCAUUCAUAUUGGGCACAAACAGUUCAUGUGCCAGUGGUGUGGCAAGGAUUUCAACAUGAAGCAGUACUUCGACGAACACAUGAAAACACACACUGGAGAGAAACCCUUUAUCUGUGAAAUCUGUGGCAAAAGCUUCACCAGCCGCCCCAACAUGAAGAGACACCGCAGAACUCACACAGGCGAGAAGCCCUAUCCAUGUGAUGUGUGUGGCCAGCGGUUCCGCUUCUCGAAUAUGCUUAAGGCCCACAAGGAGAAGUGCUUUCGGGUGACCAGCCCCGUGAAUGUGCCACCUGCUGUCCAGAUCCCACUUACAACUUCCCCAGCCACCCCAGUUCCUUCUGUGGUGAACACACCCACAACCCCAACCCCUCCAAUCAAUAUGAAUCCUGUAAGCACUCUUCCCCCUCGGCCCAUCCCCCACCCCUUCUCACACCUGCACAUCCACCCACACCCUCACCACCCGCACCACCUUCCCAUCCCUCCAGUCCCUCACCUCCCCCCACCUCCAGCUCUCUUUAAGAGUGAGCCUUUAAAUCAUAGAGGCCAGAGUGAUGACAACUUUCUGCGGCACCUGGCAGAGAAGAACAGUUCAGCACAGCAUCAUUAACAUCCGUCUCCUUAGUGUGUUCUCCAGGAGACACGUCCCCAUGUGUGAGCGUGCACAGAGGGAGUCAGUGAGCAUUUCCUUAGUUCUCAGACUCUCCUCCGCCUCUACCAAGAGCUUCGCCAGUGUCACUGAAUCAACAGAUCCAAGGGAAUGAACAAGAAGACUACCUUGAGCUCACAGAGGGACUGUCUAAUCUAAACCAAGGGAACCACUGAACUAAAGCCCAAUUUGCUUGCAUUUUCUGAUGACUUUUAUAAGUUUCAAAUACUCAGACUUGUGGAAUUUUAUAAUUUCAUAUCAGCUGAUGAGGUAUGCUUGCUUUUAUAUCCCGGACUUCUCCUCAAAGAGGGGAUAGGCCUGGUUUCCUUUGUACUAAUCGGGAAGGCUGUGAGAUUAAUCCAGAGCAUUAAUUGUAUCACUGUGUAUGGUAAGGAAUUCUUUUCAGCUUUUGGUGCCAGCUACAGAGUUGAGCUGGCCAUGAUUCACAGUAUAUCAAGCAUUAUAGGGAAAGACAAAUUUUCUUCGUGUAGCUCUCCUAACGCACUCUUUAUUUUACUACAGAAAUUAUUUUAGAGUUUUUGUAUAGACUUCUUUAGUAGUCUGUUUCUAAAAUGAAAUGUAUUUCAAUAAGCGGUGUAAUUUUUUCAGUGUAGCUGAACCUAUGUUGUAAAAUAGAAAAAAAAUUUUAUAAUCAUCAAAAUGUGAUUCUUAAAGAUGCAUAUAACUUCUAUAAUUCAAAGUUAUUCUUACAUCCGUACAACUCAAAAGGUGCUUCAGAGACUAGAUGUAUCUGAGAGGGUCUCCACACCAGGUUACUGCAAAAACGAGGUUUUGCUUUCAGGAUUUGGCAUAAAUACUUGGUAGUUUUGACAUCUCUGUGUAACACUCAGAGAGGCUCCCUAAUGUGCUCCUGUCCUCCGUGUUCUACUUGGCUUCGUUAGUGCAUUACAUGAAAUGAUUUGCAGGGGAUGGGGCCUUUUCCAGGGAAGUCACCUAAAGCUUCCAUGUUUUGAACAUUUGAAUAAGGCUGUUUGCUGACAGGAGGAGGAAGUAGUGGAGAUCAUUUAAUCUCAGUCACGUCUGUUUCUCACUUCCCUUAGGAACUGUGUUCAUGUUUAGCUUUUUAUGGAAUGACAAGUUGAAAUCUCUCAUUUUGAGGUUGCUUUAUUUUUCUAGAAUUGUUAUAAGAAGCUAAAAUAGUAAACUUAAAAUCAUAAACAUGAUGUUGCUGAUAGUGGCUGAGAAAUUCAGAUGAGAAGGCAAAUUGGUUAUGAAUUUUGAAAUAUCGAUUACAUGUGAAAUAUGGAUAUGUUCAUAACCUUGAGCUAUUUUAACACAAUAAAUAGUAGUGAGGGAAAACUCCUAAGUUUUACUGCCCUGUCCUCUGCAAAUUAUGUAAUACCAGCAUUCUUAGGUGAUAAAGAGAGCAGCACCUCUAAUACCUUUAGGCAGAUUACUUUUUCAAGUUUGGGGAACUUCAAAAGAACGUAAUCAACCAGGAGCUUAUUAUAGGAAAGGCUGAACAGAAGGGCUAGUGUAUUGAUUACACUUAACUGAUCAAAUUUAUCCAGACUCAUUAUAGCUUAAAAUUUUGUAUUUCUUUAUCUCAGAUAACUGAGUUCCCAGGCUAAAUCACUUACCUCCCACCCGCUCUCCAAUUUUUUUUUUUUUUUUUUUAAAGACAAGGUCUUGCUAUGUUGCCCAGGCUAGAGUGCAGUGGCUAUUCACAGGUGCAACUAUAGCACACUACAGCCUCCAACUCUUGGGCUCAAGCAAUCCUGCCUCAGCUAACCAAGUAGCUGGGACUACUGGCACACACUACCAUGCCCAGUCCAUUUUUAAAUCUUGAAAUUUCUUCAUUUUUCUUUCUUCAGGUUCUUAAAAUCAUUGCCUGAAUCAGAAUGCUGGCUUUUAUUUUUUUUAUUUUUAAUGUUAAAUGUGCAGAUCUGCUUUGAGCACUUUCCUAGCUAAUGAGCUCUGUGGUAGGAAAAAUGGAACUCUUUCAACUGAGAUUAAGUCCGUAUUUUUUAAACAUCACACUCUCUAUUAGCUUUUUGGUUUAAUGUUUCUGAAUUUUCUCCUUCUGAUUUUGCCUGUCUUGUAUAAUGAGCAUAGGAAACUUUUGGAAUGAGGCAGAAAAGUAUCUCAAGAUAUACUUUUCUUCCUGGUUUUGGAUGUAAGUUUUAAAAAUGGUAUUUUUAAUAUUUGUACACAUUCUUUGAGCACCCAGGUAUCCAAGCCAAUGAGGAAAGUUAAUUCCUUGCAUUUGACGGUUAUAUCUUUAGUGGUUGUCUCCCCUCCCUCCACAGUCUCCUUGGCAUUCCGUGACAAGUUUGUCAACCUACACUUUUAUAUAGACAUAUCAUUAUUUCAUGGUCAAGCCUGUAGUAUUAAAAUGAUUUUUUUUAAAGAUGUAAAUUGUGCUUAAUUGGUUAUAUUGUGUUCUUUUUUUUUUUUU